CUGACCCGAGCCACGCCUCCGACCACCCUGCAUCAACAUGGCGAGGCUGUGGGCUGCUUUGUGCGGAGUUCUGUGGAUUUGCAGAGGGAGCGAGCUCCUCCGGGGCACAUGCUGCCUCUCGGAUCCCACAUGGAGCCGCAGUUGGUCCCAGAAUCACCACCGUCCCGAAACCGCGGAAUGUCCACGACAAUACGUGGAGUCGUCGACUCUACGGGUAUUCUGAGGGAUUCUGAACUUCCACUCGGCUCCUGAACGACCGGGGAGAGAGACGACCAGGAUGGGGUAGAUGCUGCUAGUCGUAAGAACGGUAGCGA